CGCCAGCGCGUAGGCUCAAGGCGGCGCCAGCGCCAGCAGCGCGCGGCAAUGCAGCAGCAGCAACAACAACAAAAGCCAAAAGCUUAAGCAGCAGCAAAUUGUGACGCGUGCGUCCAAGUUCAGUUCAUAGUUCAAUUGAAGGUGAAAGCGACGCUUAACACACACACACACACAGAGACAAAACUAGCAGCACUUAGUCUCAGCCAACAUGUCCAGCAGCCAUUCGGGCACAAUUGGCCGUAAACGCGUUGGCAGCGGCAGUGCAGCAAGCACUAACAGUGAAUUUUACUAUGGCAGCGCCGCUGCUGCUGCUGCUGGCGGCGAACAUUUGCGCAGGCAGCGAUCCGCCGAAUGGCAUAGCCAUCGACAUGGACAUGGUCAUGGCUAUGGUGGCGGCGCUGGCGCUGGCAGCAGCAGCGAGGAUGAAUAUCAAAAUACAGGACAAUCGAGCGCCUUUGAUACGCAGCUGUUGGCCCAAUUGCUGCUGCAGAGCCAACAAUUGGCAAGCAUGGAGCACUAUAACUCGGACUGCGAGCCCGACUAUCUGCGUCAGCGCACACGUCGCAGCGGCGAUGCUGCCGCCGCCGCCUCAGCCGCAGCCGCUCCAGAGGUCACCUAUGCACAGCCGCAUCGUGUGGCAGCAACAACAACAACUGUAGCAUCGCCAUUAAAAUUGUCCAACAUCGUGUCGGGUGGCAAAUAUCAGAGCAAUGCCAAUCUGGGACUGUUUCCCAACAGCACAAGCAGCAGCAGCAAUGCAGAGCUGGCGGGCAGCAGCGAAUCGGAGCCACCGCCAGAGCCAGCGCCACCGGAGAUACCACCGCGUACGCAAUCCUUGUUAAUGUCCUUGCGUAAACAUUCCGACUACAAGUUGAAGUAUGAAGAAAAGGGGGAUCAAAAACACGAGGAAUUUAUACCAACCAGCCAGCUACAAAAGGAAUAUAUAAUCAGCGAUAAUCUGCGUUCAGUCGAGCAACAAUUGAAUGCACUUUCACCAGCUGAAACACAGGGGUAA